CACACACACUUGUAUUUUCAUGUCAUACACACCUGUGUGUCGACUGGUGUUUGCUAUUGUCAUUCGAUUUCACCAUGCUACAUUUCGACCCCCUGUUAAUUGUUAGUUAAUUUGUUUUAUACAUUGUUAUGUAUUAAAUAUAGAUUGUUGAUUAAUAUUGACAGUUUAUUAUCAAUGAUAAAUAUUGUUAUUUAAUUGUUUAAUAGUUUAUAGUGUAAUUGACAAUUGAAUAUAAUUAAAAUGGCACUACAAACCACAUUUCCAUUGAGUCAAAGUUUGCUGAGUCCUGAUGCUUGCAGGAUGAAUUGGGAUUCAGCACGUUAUGACAAGACACCAGUGCGUUAUGACAAGACACCAAUACGUCGUCUUCAAGAUGAAAUAUCUAAAAUGAAUAUUUCACCACCUAGGAAUGUUUUGCAACCAUGGAAUCCUCCUGUUGAUGAUGUAGCACCAAAAAGUGAUCAAUUUACAACUCCAUCAACAACUGAAUAUUUUCGUUGUGAUGCUUGUGAUCUUCCAUUUUCAAACUCUAGAAGUAUGUUUGAUCACAUUCAUGGAAUCAAACAUCAAAGACGUACAGGAAUGUUGAUGGAACUUGAUCGUUCAUCCUUGGAUGAAGUCAAGUCACUUUAUGCAAUGAGAAUUCAAGAAUUAGAAGGAGAAGAAAAACCAGAUGAUGAUGAUGAUGAUGAUGAUGGUAAAGAGAAAAUAAAUUUCUAUAAUUAUGAAAGAUUAAAACAACAACAUGAAGAAAUAAAUAAAUACAGAGGCAUCAAACGUUCUGUUAUUGAUGAUGAUGAUGAUGAAUAUUUUGAUGAUCCAAAUAUGAUGUCACCAUGUGCACAAAUAUAUGCUCGUUCAUUGUGUGCUAAAAAAUUGAAAUUUUGUUAAUAAAUAAUUAGCAAUUAUCAAAUGACAAAUGCUCAAACAAAGUAUGCGUACCUAUGUUUAAAAAUAUUUAUUGCAAUUUUAAUUUAAGAAAAAAAAAAUGAA